AUAAGGAAUACUAAAUGAGGUACACUCAUAAUAAUCACCACCAAACUAAAAAACAGUGAAAACCUUAGUUGCAAAAUUAUGAGCACCAAAUCCUCUAUUCUUGCCAUUCCUACUACCCAUUUCAUGCACAUUAUUUUAAUUUUUGUGUCACUAUGUUGUACGUACCAUGUUGUAGUUGUAGUUGCCACCCAUGACAUUCAAGCCACUCCUAGACCAAAUAGGGAAGCCUUAGGCAUUGCCAUUGGCGGCGAGCCUAUUUCCAUUGGUGGCUCGCCUGCCCCUGAAAUGUCUGGGAGUUGUCCUCCACCACUACCACCACCAGCACCAUGCCCCCCUCCUCCGUCGUUACCACCACCGACCACCCCACCUCCACCGUCACCGUCACCACCACCACCAUCCAACCCCCCUCCAUCGUCACCACCACCACCCCUCGGAGAAUCCCGUGUCCUAAAAGCCACACGUGUCAUACAACAAUUCAUUAAAGGGAUUGAUACUGACAAGUGUGGCUUAUCCACAAAGGUUAAACAUAUGAAGAAUCCUAACUUAUGUGUCAACCCUAAGUUUGGGUGUGCACCUCUUCCCAACACAAAGGAAAACGGCCUCUACUCGUUUCAAUUUAACGAGUGUAAGAUCAUGGGGAAAAACAUUACCCUAGAUAACUUCAUCAACAAACUUGCCGACGUGUCAAUUUUCCACGCUAAUACCAAUAAUUACGGAGGAAAAAUCCCGGUGUUAAGCGGUCUUCCUUACCUAUUUGAGUUAGACCUUAGUAACAACAAGUACACAGGGAAGUUCCCUAUGAAUGUACUUACUGCUACUAAGUUAACCUUCUUGGACCUUAGAUUUAACUCAUUUGUGGGCCCCGUUCCGCCCGAAUUGUUUGACUUACAAGUGUUAGCUCUUUUUAUUAACAAUAAUCAGUUUGAGCAUGACCUUCCACUUAAUAUGGGCUCAACCCCGGCCGCUUUCCUAACCUUUGCUAACAACAAGUUCACAGGCCCAAUACCAAGAUCCAUUGGGCAGGCCUCAAACACCCUCCUCGAGGUCCUCUUCUUAGGAAACAGGUUCUCGGGCUGCCUUCCUUAUGAGAUUGGGCUUCUAAAAAAGGCCCGUGUUUUCGACGUCUCGAAGAAUGUCUUAACCGGCCCAAUACCCCGAUCGUUCGCAUGUUUGGGUAAAAUGGAGUACCUAGUGUUGGAAAAGAAUGAGUUCUAUGGUCCUGUGCCUGAGGAAGUAUGUAUGUUGCCUCACUUGACGCAAUUGAAAUUGUGUGAUAACUAUUUUACCCAAGUUGGGCCGGAAUGUAUGAAGCUGAUCCGAAAAGGAGUGUUGGAUGUGAGGCACAAUUGUAUAUUGGGCCUUCCGGAUCAAAGAAGCCCAGAUGAUUGUGCAUUCUUUUUUAAAAGGCCCAAAACUUGUGGUGACUUGGAUAAUAAAAUGCACAAAUAUAUGCCUUGCAAGAAAACUACUCCAUAUUUGAAUGCUGAAAUGUUAAUAGAAGGUGUCCCACAACCUCAGCCAUCAGUAACUUAUGGAGCUCUUAGUCCUUGAUUUUAAUUAAUUAGUUGAUUAAUUUUAAGGGUUUGCUAUUGUAGUAGAGUUUGAGUUUGAUGUAUAAGUUGUAAUUGUUUUCUUGUAAGUUGUAACUACGACAUUGUUGUUUCUAUCAGUUCGAACAAAUAAUGUUGCAAUAGUAGUCUUAACUGUUUUAUGGAGUACGAUUCUGGACUAAUUUUUCUGAAUUCUAUCGAAACAUAUCCAAUGUAAUUAAUGUAGCCUUUAGGGCUAUAUAUAAGCAUACACUUCCUAAAACUGAAUUAAGGUUGCAA